GUCCCCUACAGCGGCACAUCCCGCCCACGGGCGCUGUGAAUGGUUCUUGUUGCAAGAAGCCGUGGCUGUGAAUGGGCAGCGAAAGUGACGAUCAGUGGUGUUGAUGUCCGCGGCGGGAGCAAGGAGGCUGGACCAUGGCUGCAAGAGGAAGAAUUGCUUCUUUCCGUUUGCCUCCGCUUCCCACCAUCAGGGAAAUUAUCAAGUUGUAUAAUUUGAGAGCGGAAAAGCAACUUUCUCAGAAUUUCCUGUUGGAUUUAAGAUUAACAGAUAAAAUAGUUCGGCAAGCUGGAAAUUUAAGGAAUGCUUAUGUGUGUGAAGUUGGUCCUGGACCUGGAGGAAUCACUCGAUCUAUUCUCAAUUCUGGCGUUGCAGAACUACUCGUGGUGGAGAAAGAUACCAGAUUUAUUCCUGGCUUACAGUUGAUGGCGGAGGCAGCACCAGGGAAAAUUCGCAUUGUGCAUGGAGACAUUCUGACCUAUAACAUGGAACGAGCUUUUCCGAAACAAUUUCGAAAUGAAUGGGAAAUCGGAUUACCAAAUGUGCACAUCAUUGGUAACCUGCCCUUCAGUGUUUCAACACCUCUCAUUAUUAAGUGGUUGGAGAAUGUUGCAAAUCGUGAUGGGCCCUUUGUCUUUGGGAGGACACAGAUGAUCCUAACUUUUCAAAAGGAGGUUGCAGAGCGUCUCACAGCAAGUACCAGCAGUAGACAGAGAAGCCGGUUAUCAGUGAUGUCCCAGUAUUUGUGUAAUGUGAAAAGCUGCUUCACGAUUCCAGGCAGAGCCUUUGUUCCAAAGCCCAAGAUUGAUGUGGGAGUUGUACGUAUUACUCCGCUGGAGAGACCACAGAUUAACCAACCAUUCAAACUGGUGGAAAAGGUGGUGCGAUGUGCAUUCAGCUUUCGGAGAAAGCAUUGCCGCCGAGGACUUGAAACUCUAUUUCCUGAAGCACAAAGAUUACAGCUAACGGAACAAAUGUUUGAUGCUGCUGAUGUCGACCCGACACUGUGCCCGACACAACUUUCUAUACCACAUUUUAGGAAUCUGUGCGAUGCAUACAGCCUGCUGUGCAAGGAGGAUGCAAAUCUCUUUACGUAUAACUAUCGGGAAGAAUUAGGACACAAACGGCUUUAUCGGAAAGAUAAAUCUCACAGGGAUGAGAAAGAAAAGAGAAAAUUACUAACUUUGGAAACCACUGCUGCAUAAACAUCAAUCUGAAAGAUACUGAAAUCUGGAAAUAAUUAUCCCUGAUUCUUAUAACGUGCAAGUUUAAUCAGUGAUCAAAUUGAAAGUUCUGGGAACAAAUGCUGUAAAAUGACUGGCACUGAUAUUAAUGCUAGCUUUGAUUUUUUUUUUUCAAUAAUGGCCUCUGUCAGACUGCUGUGGAGUUCCAAGUUUGUUGUUAAAGAUUUUUUGAUCACAAUGAGAUAAAAGAAAGCUAAUUUGAUUAGAUAGACACAAAAUGCUGGAGUAACUCAGCAGGACAGAAGGAAUGGGUGACGUUUCGGGCGAGACCCUUCCGACUGUUCAUCCCAACCCUUCUAUCCAAAGUUGCUACCUGUCCCUUUGAGCUACUCCAGCAUUGUGUGUCUAUCUUCGGUGCAAAUCAGCAUCUGCAGUUUCCUCUUACUCAUUAAUUGGAUCUAAAUGAGGUACAAUGUGCUUUGCAUAAAUAAAUAAAUGCGUAAAUAAAUAUUUGCUGUUGAUGGCAUCAGAAGGAAA